UGAGAGGAAGGCUGGGGGAAAGUCUCUGGAUUCAUUGGGAGAGUUGAAGGGCAGUCUCUGGAUUGAGAGGAAGACUGGGGGACAGUCUCUGGAUUGGGAGGAAGACUGGGGGACAGUCUCUGGAUUGGGAGGAAGACUGGGGAACAGUCCCUGGAUUGAGAGGAAGACUGGGGAACAGUCCCUGGAUUGAGAGGAAGACUGGGGGCAGUCUCUGGAUUGAGAGGAAGACUGGGGGACAGUCUCUGGAUUGAGAGAAGACUGGGGGCAGUCUCUGGAUUGAGAAGAAGACUGGGGGACAGUCAUUGGAGUCAGAUAAAGCCUCCUGGGGCAGACUGUGGACUGAGUGGAGGACAGUAACUGGAUGUGGAGGGAGAUGAAGGAUGAGACUGGAGAACGCCUGAGACCCCAGGACUCCUCCUGAAGUCCCGGCGGGUGGCUGUCAGUCCAGGCGGGCCGGUGACUUGCUUCGGGACGCUGUCCAUGGUGCUGGCCGGGGGCCAGGUCACGCAGGCGCACUGUCUCCGGAGCCCUGUGAGCAGCCCUGCCACAGUCUCAGCACCAGCAGCCGGAGCAGCGUUACCAUGAACUGCUUCAUCCCUCCCAAAGCCACUCACCCGGUCUCAGCCAGCGACUCCAGCAGCACCGCGUCCCAGCCCAGCAACUCCCCAAGCCCAGGAUGCCGGGGGGAAAGCGGGGACUGGUGGCACCGCAGAACACGUUCCUGGAAAACAUUGUCAGACGCUCAAGUGAAUCGAGUUUCUUGCUGGGGAACGCACAGAUUGUGGACUGGCCGAUAGUCUAUAGUAAUGACGGUUUCUGCAAACUGUCAGGAUAUCACAGAGCCGACAUCAUGCAGAAAAGCAGUACUUGCAGCUUUAUGUAUGGAGAAUUGACAGACAAGAAAACCAUUGAGAAGGUCCGGCAGACGUUUGAUAACUACGAGUCGAAUUGCUUUGAAGUGCUUCUUUACAAGAAAAGCAGAACUCCUGUGUGGUUUUAUAUGCAGAUUGCACCCAUACGAAAUGAACAUGAAAAAGUAGUUUUAUUUCUGUGUACUUUCAAAGAUAUUACUUUAUUCAAACAACCCAUUGAAGAUGACUCAACGAGAGCUAACCUUGGGACAACUCAAGUAAAAAACACUCAAAGAUGGACGAAAUUUGCCAGGUUAACCCGAGCUCUGACAAACAGUCGCAGUGUUUUGCAGCAGCUGACGCCCAUGAACAAAGCAGAAGUGGUUCACAAGCAUUCCAGAUUAGCGGAAGUUCUUCAGUUGGGAUCCGAUAUCCUUCCACAAUACAAGCAGGAAGCACCGAAAACCCCACCACACAUUAUAUUACACUAUUGUGCGUUCAAAACCACCUGGGACUGGGUCAUCCUGAUUCUCACUUUCUACACAGCAAUUAUGGUACCUUACAAUGUAUCCUUCAAGACUAAGCAGAACAACAUUGCUUGGCUGGUGUUGGACAGUGUCGUGGAUGUCAUUUUUCUGGUGGACAUUGUUUUAAAUUUUCAUACCACCUUUGUUGGACCAGGAGGAGAGGUCAUUUCAGACCCCAAACUGAUAAGAAUGAACUACUUGAAAACAUGGUUUGUUAUUGACUUGCUGUCAUGUCUACCCUAUGACAUCAUCAAUGCCUUUGAAAAUGUAGAUGAGGGUAUCAGCAGUCUCUUUAGCUCUCUGAAAGUGGUGCGUCUCUUAAGACUGGGCCGCGUGGCCAGGAAGUUAGACCAUUACCUGGAGUACGGUGCUGCUGUGUUGGUUCUCCUGGUCUGCGUUUUUGGUCUUGUUGCUCAUUGGCUGGCCUGCAUAUGGUACAGCAUCGGAGACUAUGAAGUUAUUGACGAGGUGACGAACACUACGAAGACAGACAGCUGGCUCUACCAGCUGGGUAUAAGCAUUGGUACCCCCUAUCGUUACAAUGUCAGCGGCUCAGGGCAGUGGGAAGGAGGACCCAGUAAAGACUCCUUGUAUAUAUCCUCUCUCUACUUCACCAUGACAAGCCUUACAACAAUUGGAUUUGGGAAUAUAGCUCCAACAACGGAUGCAGAGAAGAUUUUCUCAGUAGCGAUGAUGAUGGUUGGCUCUCUCCUUUAUGCAACUAUUUUUGGAAAUGUGACCACCAUUUUCCAGCAAAUGUAUGCCAACACCAACCGAUAUCAUGAGGUGCUGAACAAUGUGCGGGAUUUCCUCAAACUUUAUCAGGUCCCUAAAGGCCUUAGCGAGAGAGUCAUGGAUUAUAUUGUAUCGACCUGGUCCAUGUCCAAAGGCAUUGAUACAGAAAAGGUACGAGUGCAUGAGGUUCUUGCUAUAUGUCCGAAGGAUAUGAGAGCGGACAUCUGUGUGCAUCUAAACAGAAAGGUUUUUAACGAACACCCUGCGUUUCGUCUUGCCAGUGAUGGCUGCCUUCGAGCGUUGGCGGUGGAGUUCCAGACUAUUCAUUGUGCUCCUGGAGAUCUUAUUUACCACGCAGGUGAAAGCGUUGAUGCCCUCUGCUUUGUGGUGUCUGGAUCCCUGGAAGUCAUUCAAGAUGAGGAAGUGGUGGCAAUACUAGGUAAGGGUGAUGUAUUUGGAGAUAUAUUUUGGAAAGAGACCACUCUUGCUCACGCAUGUGCCAAUGUUCGGGCACUGACAUACUGCGAUUUACACAUUAUUAAACGUGAAGCCUUACUGAAAGUACUGGACUUCUACACAGCCUUUGCUAACUCGUUCUCAAGGAAUCUGACGCUGACAUGUAACCUGAGGAAACGGAUCAUCUUCCGUAAAAUCAGCGAUGUAAAGAAAGAGGAAGAAGAGAGACAGCGUCAGAAGAAUGAAGUGACACUUAGUAUCCCAGUGGACCACCCUGUACGAAAACUGUUUCAAAAGUUUAAACAGCAGAAGGAGUUACGGAACCAAGUCUCUACAAACAGUGAUCUGGAAAGAAAUCAACUUCAAGUGGAGAAUCGUUCAAUGCACAAUGGAGCAGUCAUUACUGGCACCAGCGUGGUGACUGUGUCCCAGAUAACACCCAUCCAGACAUCGCUUUCUUAUGUUCGAACCACUGAAUCUCUGAAACAAAACAAUAGGGAUGCUAUGGAGCUUAAGCCAAAUGGCAACAGUGACCCGAAAUGUCUGAAAGUCAACAGCCCCAUUCGUAUUAAAAACGGCAACGGGAAAGGUUGGCUGAGAUUGAAAAACAACAUGCAGGUACAGGAGGAGAAAAAGGAAGACUGGAACAAUGUUACAAAAGCAGAAUCAAUGGGCUUGCUUUCAGAUGACCCAAAAUGUAUCGAUCCAGAAAAUGGGGUUUCAAAAAACCCCUUAAGAAAAACAGACUCUUGUGACAGUGGAAUCACAAAAAGUGACCUUCGUUUGGACAAAGCAGGGGAAACACGCAGCCCACUCGAACACAGUCCCAUUCAAGCUGAUGCAAAACACCCUUUUUACCCCAUCCCCGAACAAGCCUUACAGACCACCCUCCAGGAAGUCAAACUUGAGUUAAAGGAGGACAUUCAGUUGCUGAGCUGCCGAAUGACUGCUCUAGAGCAGCAAGUUUCGGCAAUCUUAAAAAUACUGUCAGAGAACAGAGAAUCUCCAUCUACUCCUCCCCCCAAUCCUUCCAGUCCCCUUCAAAUACCAUGUCAGGAUAUUUUUAGUGUCUCCAGACCCCUCACACCAGAAUCAGAAAAAGAAGAGAUUCAUGUAUAACGUAUACUGUGUGUGCGUGUAGGUGUAUUGCUGCAUAUAUAACGUCUGCACAUUAAUGUCUAUAUAUGCAGUUAUACAUACAUUUAUUAAUCUAAUUAAUUUGAUCUAUUUUGAUGUGUAAAUAUUGCAUGUCCAGCUGGAUUCUGGCCUGCCAAAGAGAUGAUCCUUAAUCUAGAUACUGUAUUGCUUGUAAAAUAUGCAGUUGACUGCAUGCAUUCUCUCUUAUUUAUAAU